AAAGACGGUGCGGUACCACAUUCCACAGGAUGUGGUACCUUUCCGGGACGUGAUCUAUGGUCCACGUUCAGAAACAAGAUUAGGAUCACCAAACCGAUACAAAGGUCGAGAGGGCAUGAAAAUCCAGAGUGGGGCCCACUAGAUCAACGGUCAGGCAUUGACGAAAAGGCUCUGUGAGGGAUACAGCAGCCAGUGGGCAGAUUUCACCAGGACAUAAGAAGGGUUUUCCUCUCGUCUUUUUUCUCUUCCCCUUCUCUUCCCUCUUUUGCAGCCGCGAGAGAGAGGUCAGAGAGAAAAGGGUAUACUUUCCUUGCGUGUAUGAUUAGGGUUAUAAAUGGGUGUGUAGGGCCCACCUGAGGAGAACCUGUUUCCCAGAUAAGUUUUCUGAUCCCUUGUUUUGUGAUUUUUUAUUUUAUUUUAUUUUAUUUUAAAAUAGGCGUCUUCAGAGACGGUGUUCUUAGCGGAUUGGGUCUUGUUUUUCUUCGAUUUGGUGAAAAUAUCCGUAUGCGAGGAACUCAUAUUUUAUGAAUUUAGGGUACUUCUAGUGUGAUUCUGAAGAAUUUGUAGAGUUUCAAAGGAAGAAAUAGUGUUUGGAGGGGCUCGGAUUCGUUUAUUCAAUUGAACGGAUUCGGGAAUUCGAGGAAUCCCGGUGCUGUAAUUGGAUUUUUGUGGGCGGGAGAAAUGAGAUUCUGAAUUUUUCUUUGGGGUUACGUCCUGCUUGUCAAAAUCGUGAUGGGGAAGCCCAGCGGCAAGAAAAAGCAUCACGAUGGGGGGAAAUCGGGUGAUUCAGCUGUGAAACGGAGCACAAAAGCCUUUGAUGAGGACACGACUGUCUUCAUCAACAUGUCUCAAGAACUGAAAGAGAAGGGCAGCAAGCUUUUCCAGAAGCGGGAUUAUGAAGGAGCCAUCCUGAAGUACGAGAAGGCCCUUAAGCUGCUCCCACGAAACCACACUGACAUCAUAUACCUCCGUUGCAACAUAGCUACUUGCUACAUGAAGAUGAGCCCUGGAGAGUACCACAAUGCGAUAAAUGAAUGCAAUCUGGCUCUCGAAGUCUCACCUAAAUAUAGCAAGGCCCUCUUGAAGCGAGCCAAGUGUUAUGAAGCAUUGAACAAGCUGGAGUUGGCAUAUAGAGACACCAAUAUGGUCUUGAGCUUGCAGCCGAGCAAUCUCAAAGCGUUGGAGAUUUCGAAGCAGCUCCAAAAGGGGCUUGAGAAAAAGGGGUUGAGGGCGGAAGAGAUCGGGUUGGCUUCGGAAUACAUGGGACCGGAUUCGCCUCAGUUCAAAAUAGCUAAAGUGAAGUCGAGGAAGAAGAAGAGUAGAAAGACCGAUGAUAAGGGGAGCAUGACUGAGGAUAAGGCUGUUGUGGAGGAGAGCUGUAAUGCUAAGGAAGAAGCUCCGAGGACUGCAAAGUUGGUGUUUGGAGAGGAUAUAAGGAGCGCCCAGCUACCUGGGCGUUGUAGCAUUUUGCAGCUGAGGGAGAUUGUUCGGAAUCGGUUCCCAGGAUCCAAGGCCAUGCUUAUUAAAUACAAAGACGAAGAGGGUGACUUGGUGACAAUCACCACCACUGAAGAGCUAAGGUGGGCUGAAGCAUCUGCCGAUCCUCAGGGAUCAGUUAGGCUGUAUCUCGCAGAAGUCGAUCCUGAGCAGGAGCCGUCAUUCUUCAAGGAAUCAAAUAAUGGGGUGGAGGUUGCAGAGUCCGAGAUGAACCAAAAGACUGUCUCUGAGAAUGGGAGCACAAGACUUGGUGGUGAAAAUGGAUCCGUUUAUGUUGAUGAUUGGAUUAUUGAAUUUGCACGGAUGUUCAAGAACCACGUUGGCUUUGAUUCCGACACAUGCUUGGAUCUUCAUGAACUUGGGAUGAGGCUCUACUCAGAAGCUAUGGAGGAUGCCAUGACGAGUGAAGAAGCCCAGGACCUUUUCGAAAUCGCUGAAGGGAAGUUUCAAGAGAUGGCAGCCUUAGCGCUGUUCAAUUGGGGGAACGUCCACAUUUCCCGGGCAAGGAAGAGGGUGUUUUUGAUGGAAGAUGCUUCAAAAGAAACCAUACUCUUGCAGGUUCAGUCUGCGUAUGAGUGGGCACGUGGAGAAUACGAGAAGGCAAGUGAGAGAUACAAAGAAGCUAUCAAAAUUAAGCCAAACUUCUAUGAGGGCUUACUUGCACUGGGGCUGCAGCAGUUUGAGCAGGCGAAGCUUACUUGGUAUUUUGCGGUCGGAAGCAAGGUGGAUCUUGACACGUGGCCUUAUGAGGGGAUGCUUAGUCUUUUUGACCACGCUGAGGACAACAUCGCAAAGGGCAGCGAGAUUUGGGAGGUGCAAGAGAUGCAGCGUUUGGAUGAACUCGCUAAGCCUGAUAAGGAGAAACAGCUGUUGAAGAAAAUGGGGAUGGAUGAGCUUUACAAAGAUGUAUCCACAGAUGAAGCUGCUGAGCAGGCCGCCAACAUGAGAUCGCAAAUCAACAUUUUAUGGGGCACUUUGCUCUAUGAACGCUCAGUAAUUGAAUUCAAGUUGGGGUUGGACUUUUGGGAGGAUUGUCUGGAAGCCGCCAUUGAAAAAUUCGAACUUGCUGGAGCUUCUCGAAUUGACACUGCAGUUAUGAGAAAGAACCAUUGUUCAAAUGUGACUGCUCAGGAAGGGUUAGUGUUCAAGAUUGAUGAGAUAGUACAAGCAUGGAAUGAAAUGUAUGAUGCUAAAAGGUGGCUGAUUGGUGCUCCAUCUUUCCGGCUUGAACCGUUAUUUCGACGGCGGGUCCCAAAAUUGCAUCAGAUAUUGGAAAAUGUAUGAUUUGUUUGUUGUCAAUUCAAGUAGUCAAGGGAUCAAAGUUGGAACCAGUAUAUAUAGAACAGUGAAAAUAUCGAUAUUACUGUUCUGAUGUCCACAAGCACCACCAGUUUUAGAUUGUGUUGCUGCUUGGGCCAUUGUUCAAAUUCCAUUGUGCUGUUAGGGAAAAAGAAAAAAAGAAAAAAAGAAAAAAAGAAAAAAAAAAGAGGAGUUGGUUUUCAAGUGGGUUGCUUAAUUUUUUAGACCAGAUUGCUGUUUAUAGAGAUUACUCUUCGCAUGGGGGCAUUGAUCUCUCUGCAAUUUGGACCAUAUAAAAAGAAGAGCAGAAGUUUCUUUUUUGUUGGUUUCUGCAUGUGCCCCCUUCUUGAUUGGUAUCAUGGUAAGUAAAGGAUUGGAUUUGUAAUUUUUCUCAAAUAAUGUCUUUGAUCGUAUACAUGUUUUUGCUGUGGUUUGUAAUUCGUCUAUCCUGUUAGUGUGCUCCAUUUGUACUGUUUGUGUUUUUAUAGGAAAUGGUAUUCUUUUUUUUUU